AUGGAGGAGCCGGGCUGCGCCUGGGCUUGGUACGCCGUGCUGCCCUUGCUCCUGCCCGCCCCAGCUCUGCCCCUCAGCCCGGAGCUGCCGGUGAGGAGCUUUAGUGUGAAGGCCACCAUCAUCUCCCGCUAUGCUUCCACCUGCGUGUGCAGCGCCGUGCACAACCCCAAUGCCGAGCCGCGCCGCGCCGCCUUCGAGCUGGAGCUGCCACCUGCCGCCUUCAUCACCAACCUCACCGUGAUGGUCGGUGGCGAGGCGCACCAGGCUGAGGUGAUGGAGAAGCGCCGGGCUCGGGAGCUGUACGAAGCGGCCCGCCAGCAGGGCAGGACGGCUGCCCAUGUUGGCACCAAAGAGAAGGAGACCCAACGCUUCCACGUGACGGCCUCAGUGGCAGCCGGCGGGGACGCAUCCUUUGAGCUGUGCUACGAGGAGCUGCUGCGGCGCCGCUUGGGCACCUACCGCUACGCCCUGCGCCUCCAUCCCUACCGCCUCGUACCCGAGCUCUGCGUGGAGCUGAGUGUCACCGAGCGGGUCGGCAUCGCUGAGCUCCGCGUGCUGCCUCUGCUUGGAGAUACAGCCGUGACGACAGCGGGCCCCUCCGCCUCGGCGACGCCGUCCAUCCGGGUGGAGAAGGGCACGCACUGCGCCCGCGUCGCCUUCAAACCCACCCCGCAGGAACGGGCGGCGCUCGGUGACUUCGUGCUGGAGUACGACGUGGCGCGGCGUGACGCUGCGGGGGACGUGGAGCUGUACGACGGACACUUUGUCCACUUCUUCGCACCCGCUGGGCUGUCCCCCAUCCCAAAGGACGUCGUCUUCGUAAUCGACGUCAGCGGCUCCAUGUCGGGCACCAAGAUGAAGCAGACCAAGGCGGCCAUGCGCUCCAUCCUGCACGACCUGCGUCCCCACGACCGCUUCAACAUCGUCACCUUCGCCGAGGCCGCCUGUGUGUGGCGAGAGGGCGGCUCCGUCCCGGCCUCUGCAUCCUCCAUCCGCGGUGCCACGCAGUACAUUGACACCCUCCACGCCGACGGCUGUGAGUCCCACGUGUUGUUCUCCAUGCGCACGGUGUGUGCCGUGGUUUCCCUCUUCUGGCCGCGUCAUCACAGUCCGCCUGCCGUUCCCGCAGGGACCGACAUCAACCGCGCACUGCAGGUAGCAGCUGCUCUCCUUCACCGCCCGGCCGAGGAGCCCCGCGUCGCCCUACUGCUCCUGCUGACAGACGGCGAGCCCACCGCAGGGGUGACCGACGUCCCGCGCAUCCUCUCCAACACCCGCCGUGCCCUCUCCCCCUCAGCCGCUCUCCUUUUCGGCCUGGCUUUUGGGGCCGAUGCUGACUUUGCCCUUCUGAGCCGCCUCGCCGCCGCCAGCGGGGGAACAGCGCAGCACAUCCCCGAGGAUGCCGACGCCGCCUUCCAUCUCACUGAUGUUUUCAGGGAGAUCGACAGCCCGCUCCUGCGGGACGUGGAGCUCACCUACCCCGGCGCAGCCGCGCGGCACAUCGCCCCAAAGCUGUUCCCCGGUUAUUUCCAAGGCUCUGAGCUGGUGGUGGCUGGGAAGCUGGAACCGGGCACGGAGCGGCUCCGUAUCCGAGCAUCUGGACGAGGCGAUGAGGGCGAGCUCCACGCCGACACCGAGGUGGUGGCAAACGUCACCGAGCUGCCACCCGGCUGUCCCCAGCGCCCUGCAGCACUGCUCGGCGCCUUCGUCCGCCGGCUGUGGGCCUUUGUCACCAUCCAGGAGCUGCUGCGGGCUCAGCUGGCCACCAACAGCACGGCUGCACGCCGCCGGCUCGCUGCUGAGGCCACCGAGCUGUCCCUGCUCUACCACUUUGUCACCCCCUUCACCUCCCUCGUGGUGGUGACGCCAGGUGACCAAGGACUCACGUCCCCCCCCAGCUUCACCACCAACGGCCCCGCAGGGACAGCGGACGGAGCUGUCACAGCUGCUGCCACAGCACGUGGAGAACACAGGGACCACACGGUGAUGGAGAACACGGUGCCACCCACCGCCCAGCUGCAGCCCUCCCCACCCCAGCUCCAGGUGCCCCCGGUGCCGUGGGGGGGUCCCAGCCUGCCCCGUGGCCCCGGGAACGCGGUGCUGCUGCAGACAGACGAGGCCGAGCUGCUGGCGCCCAGGGUGGGGGGUGAGGAAUUCGUGGAGUCCCUGGACCCCCCCGUCUAUGUCAUCCUCACACCCACAGGGCCCCCGGGUGAUGGCGUUGCCUCAGAUCUUACCCACGAUGUUGAUGCGGCGUCCUCGAGCCCCACAUUCUUCACCUUCUCAGCCUCAGUGGACGGGGACCCCCACUUUGUGGCCCGCGUUCAGGGCUCGCCGUACCCCCUCUGCUUCACCCUCGAUGGUCGCCCCGGGGACACCCUGCAGCUGCUGACUGACCCGUCGCUCGGACUAACGGCCCACGGGCACCUGGUGAGCGCCCCCUCCUGGCCGAGCGCCCCGUUACGUCCCCGCACCUUUCUCAACGCUGUCACCGUUUCGGGGCACGCCGCCGUCGUCACCGUCACCCUGCACGGGAUCCGCGUGAGCGGGGAGGGCCCCCCCGUUUCCCUGCCUUUCUCCCAUCCCACCCAACUCCACCUCCCCCCCGUGACGCUGGUUUUGGGGCCGGGGGGCCGCCUGCGCCUCCGAUGGGGUCCCCGCUUGGAACUCCUGGUGCUGCGUCACCGCUACAGCCGGCCCGGCGCCCUGCAGCGCGACCACCUCGGCUUCUACGUCACUGACAGCAGCCGCUUGUCCCCGAGGGCCGGGGGGGCUUUAGGCUGCCUGCGGGGCAUCCGGCUGUUCCCUCUGGGGACGACGGCUCGGCUGUCCCUGGGUGCGGUGACAGUGACGGCCACGCUGGUGACAAAGGAGCUGCAGGUGGCACAGGGGGCAGCCCGGCCUGGCCGCUGCUGGUUGGUCCCGCGUUCCAAAGUGCCGGUGCUGCUGGGGGGGCCCUAUGGGGAUUUCCUGUCCCCCUCUUUGCUGCCAGCCUGA